UUGCUCAAUUCAUAUAUUCUUCCUUAUCUGGUGCGCAAUAAAUUCACUCGAAAUGGCUUGUAAGCUGGAUGAUAAUGAAAAUGGAAAAGAGUCUGAUGCAUACGAAUCUCCACAAGAACUGCUGUCCCACCAGGGGGCACCGCACAUCUUGGGCCUUAAUGACUACUGUUUGGAGCGUAUCCUACAGAAACUAGAGCUUCAGGAUCGGGUGCGUUUCGCUAGGACCUGUGUGCAAUUUAAGACGAUCUAUGAGGUGGCUUCUGCCAGACUUCACAAGUCGGUGAACUCGGAUGAGUUAGAGAAAUGUACCAUAUCGGAGAUACGCGACUUCUUCAAGAUGUCUGGAGCUCAUGUAUUGCACAUUAAAGGCAUGCAUAUGAAGGAACGUCUGGCCGGGCUGGUAGGAAACCAAUGCAGAAAUCUAAAGACCUUGCAUGUUGUGUUGUGGCCUAAUAUGCAUCUAUACGUAGACUCUAUCUUUGACAAUGCUUAUUAUCUGGAGGCUUUGGAGAUAUGCACUUCGAGCAUUACCGACGAAAAUAUUCAUGUGCUUCAAAAUUUGACCAAUCUAAAGAUUUUAGAAUUAAGUGACAGUUAUAUAACAGGACGCACCUUGGAUAAGCUACCUGUUUCCAUUGAGGUGUUAAAGCUUAACUGCCUGGAGUUUGAGGUCAGCUACUUUCCCCAAAUCUGCAAGCGCUUAACCAAACUUAGAAUCCUCGACAUUUUGCGUUUGACCAGUUAUAAGGACGUCUUUAAAACUAUGGUAAUGGAUAAUUCAUGUCCCGCACUUGAGGAGCUCCGAUUUACAUUGGAAUUCAGAUGGAAUUGUGAAUAUGCAGCUCAACUGCCAAGCCUAAAGAAUCUGAUGAUUUGCAGUGACCAGCAACUGCGAUUCCAUUCUAGCCUUUUGGGCCAACUCAUCGAUCAUUUAGUGGAGUACAACAACCAGAAGUUGGAGCAUUUAACCAUUGGUUAUCGCUUGUCUAAGGAACAGCUUAUACAAGUGUCCAAGCUUAGCGGCCUUCGUGUACUUUGCUUGUGCCGGAUGGAUUUGUUUGAUUCAGACUAUGCGCCAAUCGCCAGUCUCAGGCAAUUCGCCCAGUUAAACAUUAAGCUGGUACAUGGAAUCGUGGACCGAGUGCGCCAGGAGAUAGCCGACAAAAACUUGCGUAGGAAGCUGCCUGUUGAACUACUACUUCAGUGCGACUACCAAACCAGGAUAAUUCUGAUGUCAUUGAAUUAA